ACGCGUUCACAAGCAACAACGUUCUAUCCACCAUCUCUCGACAAGCUGUACUCAACGCUGAAGUACCUCUUGCUUCUCCCCCUCGCCGCCAUGGCCACCCAGCAUGUCUUGGACCACACGCAAAAUAUCUACCUCACCGUGACCGUCUCGCCAUCAUCACCGGUGUUCAGCAACCCUCAGAGCCUCACGAUACACCCGAGCAUGAGAUAUCUAGGCACAGUGGGCGCGCUGCCUGACGUGCAGCUACUCAGCGUGCCCCGCGAGAGCUGGGAGACCAUUCAAGAAAACGUAAUGAGCACGCUGAAGCGCAUGGAUGGUGUGCGGAGAGUAGAAAUGGAGCAGCCCCCGAGGAUGAGGGCCAAACGAGGUAUAGACGAGCUGUAGGUGAGUCUGAGUUCUUUAUGCA